ACAACUGUUCAUAAAAAUUAAAAAUAAUCACAGGCGAAUCGAUUGAAAUAAAUCAAAAAUGGCAGCAAAAGUAGCUAAUGCACCAAAUAAAGUAUUCCAGAAUCACGAUGAUGUCCACAUCUCAUUUGAGGAUCAACAAAAAAUCAAUAAAUUCGCCAAACACAAUGCCCGCAUGGAUGAACUGAAAGUUGAAUUGGAAAUGAAAAAGAACGAUUUGAAAAGUGUCGAAGAGGCGUUGGAGGAAAUUGAAUUAUUCGAUGAAGAUGAAGAGAUCCCUUUCCUUUUUGGCGAAGUAUUUCUGUCACACAAAUUGACCAGAACACAGGAACUUUUGCAAGAGACUAAAGAGCAAACCUUAAAAGAAAUUGCCGCCAUCGAAGCCAAGGCCAAUGAUAUUAAAUCUGAAAUGAAUGAACUUAAAGCUCAGUUGUAUCAACGUUUCGGUAGCAAUAUCUCAUUGGAAAGUGAUGAUUAAUUAC